UUUAAGAGAAUAAGCUUUCUUUUCAUGUUUCAAUUGACCUAGAAAGUGCACGAACAAAAAUUUAAUAGAUCGAAACAUUUUGUUGGUUAAAUAAAGAGAACAAUAUUUUGAGACUGAGAUGCAAUGCGACAGACAAAGAUCGCAUUAAUGUGCGAUAAGGACGAAUAUAAAUAUAUAUCGCUAUCUAAGCACUUUUCAAUUUCGACUGAAAUUAAAAAAUGUAAAAUGGAAAAAUCUAAUAGAUGGUAGCAUCUGUCUUAUUCAUAACACCGAUGAGGUUUAUGAAUAGACCUAUCACCUUACGGGGUUUCGUAGCCGGGGAUCUGAAAUACCGACAUAGUAAUAAAUCACUGGUUUUUUAGCGCAUUCUACAUUUAAAGAACGAUGAAUUGAACGGGGAAUUAGUAAAACAUCAAGUAAAACGAUCGAUCUCGAAUGGGUAAUUCUACCUCAAAAAAUAAUUAUCACAAUAAUCAAAAGUAUACUAGUCAGUACAGCCUUAGUGAUAUAAUUGGUGGAAGUUGCAUCGGAUCAACACAAUCUUCGCAGAAAGAAACUAAAUCAUGGUCCCGUGCUUCUUGCAGAAGCUGGAGCGAAGGUAUAUUAUAUGAUCCACUGGGUACUUCAAAAACAUUAUGGCCUGUAUCACGUUCUCAGGCUAUGUUUCUUCCAGAAUUUCAAAUAAGACAAGUAUCUUUGCAAAAUUCUUAUACAUUUUUGAGUGUAAUAGCCAAAGGAGCUUAUGGAAAAGUAUAUAAAAUUCAAAAACAAGAUACUGGACAACUAUUUGCUUUAAAAGUAAUCAGUAAAGCUAAAGUGGUCACAGAAAAUGGUAUAAUGCAAGCUAAACAGGAAGUAUCCAUACAAAAAUUAGUUGGUCAUCAUCCAUUUAUACUGGAUUGUUGUCACAGGUGGCAAGGAAGAAAAACAUUGUAUAUAUUAACUGACUAUAUUGGUGGAGGAGAGUUAUUUUCAUUAAUUGAGCAAUGUGGUUUUCUGCCUGAAAAUAUAGUUAGAAUAUAUGUAGCAGAAGUUGCUUUAGCUAUUGAUUUUUUGCACAAUGCUGGUGUUGUACACAGAGAUAUAAAAGCAACAAAUGUUUUAUUGGAUGAGGAAGGUCAUGCUGUAAUUAUUGACUUUGGUCUUGCAAAAUGGUUAAAUCAUGCAGAAAGAACAAAUACGCUUUGUGGAACACCAGAAUAUAUGGCGCCAGAAAUAUUCAACAGAAAGUAUUAUGGACAGGAGGUAGAUUGGUGGUCCUUGGGAGUACUAGCCUGUUUUAUGCUUACGAAUCAGUACCCAGCCGGUGCAUCCAGCAAACUUCUGCCAGAGGACAGAGGGACCGAUUACGCACCACCUGGAACUUUGCCACCGAACGCGGAGAAUAUUUCCUCAGCUGCGAAGGAUCUGUUGAAACGACUGCUCCAACCGGAUCCCUGCUUGAGGUUGAGGUCUCUGUUAAGUCUACAGAGGAUUGCUUUUUACAUGGGCUACGAUCUGCAGAGUUACAUGCAGAAGAAGGAAUCUCCGUUUCGUCUGCUAGGACGAACAGUCGAAACUCAGCAGGAGAGGAGGACCCGAGAGUUCUCCAACUUCGACUCCUCCUUGGGUGAUAGCGUUUCUCACGCUGAGGAUCGAUAAUCUCAUCAAUGUGAUCGUUAACAAUAAGUAGCUAAAUUGUUGUCCUUAGUCAUUCCAGCCUGAAAAGCCAGGUCAGGUCGGCUCUCGGCCUGGAACGAUGUCGCCUAGUUAUUUUUCUAAGAUUUCGAUUGACGUUAGCUUGUUGCUCGGUGUUCGUUUCGAGCAACGUCCUCGAUGCCAUCCAUUAAUUUUAAGCAAGCGAAUCUCUCGACCCGUGAAUUUCUGACCGUACGGAUUAUUUCCUAACGCGUGACGAUAUUUUUCGACUGAUAUUUUUUUAACUUUGACCUUUCGAGACGUUUGAGUCUUUGGUGCUAUUUCUUUCGAGGAAAUUGUUGCAACGUUCAACAUGAAUUGAGGAUAAAUUGCGGGGCUUUUGUGUCGUCGAUGUGUCAAUGUGCGGUUCUAGCUUUUGCGCGCGGUGUGCUCGACGCUUGUGCUCUGCGUUCUCAACCCCCGUUUCGUUGGCAAUUGGGGCGCGAAAGCAAAGAAACACGCGAAAGUGAAAUGUAUCCUACUACAGAAUAAAUAUACGUUUGUCGUUGCGGCGAUUGUCCGUGCAGUUUUUGCAAUUUUUCACUUUUCAUCCCUGUUCUUUGU